ACCCAAUGACCGUUGAACAUAUCUUAAAAUUGUUUUAGGGGUAGUUUGGAAGUUGUGAUUUUAAAUGGUGUAUUGAUCUAAUUUUUGUAUUUGUGAGAUUAAGUCGUUUUAUUUUUGUUUAUAUAGAACUAGAAUACAUGCAUUUAUUUUUUAGAGGCCCCACCACAAUCACUCAAUGUUGAGGGAUUUACAAUCUAUACUUUUUGUUGAGAUUUUUCACAAUCACUCAAUACUAACUUUUUUACCUUUGGAACAAAAACACAAUCUAAACCUCCAAACAAAAUAUUUACCUAAUACAUCAAUUGAUUCAAUCCAUCAAAUGAUAAUACACUAACUGUCCCAAUACAUCAAUUUGAAGAAUCACAACUUCCAAACAACCCAUUAGUUAGGCUUUGCUAAAACCAAAAAUUGAUGUUCUCACUUUUGAUCGAGUUUUCCCGGUAUCUGGUUCGAGAAUGGUGGUCAUUCAAAGUUACAACGAGGGAUUGCGUGUGUGAAAGAGUUGAAAUACUGUAUGCAUGUGUGUGCACCACUUGAUGGUGUUCGUUUUGCUAUUACGGGUCUGCACUAGGUAAAGUGUAGUUACAUCCACAUGUUGCAAAAACCAAAUUAAAAUAGAAGAAGUGAAAAUGGUCGGAUAUGAUUGAUUUGAAACACAAUCGACUCAAUUGUGUAUAAUGUGAGUUUGACUUGUAUACAUGAGAUACAAUUUUUGAUGUUCGACGAUGAAACAUGUGAUGAUGUGAUGUACACAAAUGCAAUACAUGAUGGAUGAUGUAGAAAACCAUACUCCCCAAUAACCAAAAAGUUGUUUCCAAUUUGAUCAACGGAUUGGAUAGUAAUGUCAUUUUUUUCGAGCUAGGGGAAAUGCAUCUCAAGUACAACUAUUAGUAUGUACUGUCCUGAUUAUCACGGUGAUUUAUUUUGAGUGUUGUUCUUAUUGAAAUAUUUAGAAAAACUUUUGUACAAUUAGCUUCGUGUUAGCCGUAUGAUUUUAGGAUCGAAACAAAUUGGAGACGGAUCUCAAUAAGAACCGUACUUGGUUCGGUUUUGAAAUCCGUUGGGUCCGGUCCAUCGACCGAUCGGAAGUUGAAUGCCCGCGAAUUUUGGCUGACCGGCCGGCGGUUUCUAUAUCUUCAUCAGAAAAGAAAAGAAAUUGAAAAAAACCCUUUGGAGCGACCCAAAUCCUAUUUAAACCAGCGCCACAAAAGUCCACAGCUCGGUUUCAGAAUUCAGAUUCCCCCUUCUGCGCCGAUUUCGUGUUCAGUUUCCCCGAACCACCACCACGCCCACGACCUACGGAGAUAUUACCCUCAUCCCACCUGCUUUUCCGCCGACCAGCAAGGGGGAAAAAAGUCGCACUUUUCGCGGACCCUCUCCCCGAAGAAGAAGAGAAGAAAAGAAAAGCCGCCUGCUAACCUAACCCGGUUUGAAGAAUGCGAUUUGAAUCGUCCCGAUCGGAGCGUUCUUCUGCCUCCCCCAAUUCGAGAUUCGCGGCACCUUUCGGUUGAGGGUUUCGCGAAGCUUGAUCAAGAAGAGGGAAUUGUGGGUUUUGCGAGGUUUCUAUUUUUGGGCUUGUUGUACUUUGUUUACCUCCUCUGCUCUGCUGCUACACGUUCUGAUUGAAGGGGAGAAGAUAAUGAUGAUGGCGGACGGGAACUCGGGGAUGGAGCAGACAGGAGAUGCUGUUACUGGGUUUGAAUUGGGUGACGAGGAUGUUUCCCUCGAUCUUGAUAUGAUAUUUGACAUUCUCGAAGAGUCUGAUCCUCCUCCUCCUCCUCCACCUCAAUAUCACCAGGAGGAUCCGCAGAAUUUUCUGAAUAAUGGACAACAAGUUGGGUCUAUUCCUGGUUCUGACAACCAAUUGAACUUCCAGCUUCAAACUUCAGCAGACAUUUCUUCCUCCACUUAUGAAACUGACGCUCAGUCCAGACAUGUUGAAGGGGACACUGAAUCCGGCGAACAUUUUGACUGUUGGCUUGAUAGCUCAAAUAAUAGUUUCUUGAAUGAUGGAGCUAUGAUGGAGAACAGUUGGGAAGUUUCAGGAUCUGAGAAUGGAACUGAACAAUUUAUGAAUAUGACCAUCGGAGAUGUAGCUGGACCUUCGCAAGACGCGAUUCCUUCUACAUCUUCAUUCUCUCUUAAUUCUGAUCUUAGUAGCGAUUUCGAUGGGUUUUAUCCUAGUAGUGGUUAUUUUCCACAGCAUGGUCUAUCUGGCGAAUUCAAUUAUGACAAGUUGCCUGGUAGUGAAGCACUAAUGAUUGGUGGGAUGAGUGAGACGAGUAUACCACCAACUGAGAACUUUGAGUCGUCUGGUGUGCCUUGUAAUGAAGUACUGAUGAUUAAUGGGACGGGUGAGAGCUUUGGGUCGUCUGGUGUGAUUGGUUUGGAUCCUGAAGGCCAUGAUUUUAAACAAGAAUCACACACCAACUUCAAAGUUGGGUCUUAUGUUUAUGAUGGAGGCUCUAAUUCAUUGGGCCACAGGGGGAAGCCACCAGUUUUUGUACACCCAAAGCAUUCUCCAUCUAGUGCCGCACCUCCAAGGUUAAGCCAUAAUCACUUGAUUAUGGCAGAAAAAGACAGAGGCUAUUUGAAGGUUGAACCAAGGAGUUCUGAGGUCCAUGCUAUGUCAUAUCCCAGUAAGAAUAGAGACAUGAAUAUAAAAUCCCGGGACCUGCACUUUGCUAGGGUGCAGCCAUAUGGCACAAACAGUUACCAACAACAUGGGUUUAAGGAUGAAGUGAAUUCUCAAAGGAGCUUUGCUAGCACUUUCUCAAGAGUCAGUCCUGAAUCAACUCACAGCAAUUCAUCCGGUAGUCAAUCUAUUGUGGAUGAUGACUCCGACCUUUGUAUUCUUGAAGACAUCAGUCAACCUCCUCGCUCCAGCCACUCUCAACCAUACAAAAAGCCUGCUGAUUCAUUUCAACCUGUUAGUCACAGUGAUUCCUUUCAUUACAACGCAGCUGGAGGAGUGCGACCUAGGGUUUGUGAUGAACGAGUCUUAUUUCGAGUUGCCUUGCAGGACCUUAAUCAACCAAAGACUGAAGCAAUUCCACCUGAUGGCUUUAUGGCAGUACCUCUUAUGAGGCAUCAGCGAAUUGCUUUGUCGUGGAUGGUUCAUAAGGAAACAUCUGGGAUUAAUUGUUCUGGAGGAAUUCUUGCUGACGAUCAGGGUUUGGGAAAGACGAUAUCAACCAUUUCUCUCAUACUUAAAGAAAGGGCUCCAUGUCAUGGAGCUGAUAAAGCUGUAAUUAAAAAAGAGAAGUUUGAGACCCUAAAUUUGGACGAUGAUGAAGAUGAAAUUGUUGAAGUUAAAGGAAUAAAAAAUGAAAUCAGUGAUUGUGGAGCAGGAUUAAAGAAGGAAAGCAGUGAUUGUGGAGCAGGAAUAGAAAAUCAAAGCAGUGAUUGUGGAGCAGGAAUAAAAAAGGAAAGCAGUGAUCGUGGAGUUAUUUCCUGUCAAAAUGCAUCAAAAAGUAUUAGUCUUCUGGGUCAGUCCAAAGGAAGGCCAGCUGCUGGGACUCUUAUUGUUUGUCCCACUAGUGUCCUACGACAAUGGGCUGAGGAGUUGCAUAAGAAAGUAACUGCUAAAGCUAAUCUAUCUGUUCUGGUAUACCAUGGAAGCAAUCGAACAAAAGAUCCUUAUGAACUUGCAAAGUUUGAUGUAGUCCUCACAACGUACUCUAUAGUGAGCAUGGAAGUCCCAAAGCAACCUUUUGCCGAUGGGGAUGAUGAAGAGAAAGCAAGAGCAGAUGGUGAUGAUGGUCCUCAUCUUGGUUCAUCCGGUAAGAAAAGGAAGUAUCCACCAACUUCUGGCAAGAAAGGCGGUAAGAAGAAGGAAUCUGAUAGUGCAUUAUUUGAAACUCUUGCUCGGCCACUGGCAAAGGUGGCAUGGUUUAGAGUGGUUCUGGAUGAAGCUCAAAGCAUCAAGAAUCACAGAACUCAAGUAGCCAGGGCAUGCUGGGGUCUUCGUGCAAAACGCAGGUGGUGCUUGUCUGGGACUCCUCUGCAGAAUUCAAUUGAUGAUCUUUAUAGCUAUUUCAGGUUUCUAAGAUACGACCCUUUCACAUUGUUCACCGCAUUCUGCAACGGAAUAAAACUUCCAAUUCAAAGAAGUCCAGUUAAAGGUUACAGAAAGUUACAAGCUAUAUUGAAGACAGUAAUGCUUCGUCGUACCAAAGCUACGCUACUUGAUGGUGAGCCAAUCAUUACUUUACCUCCGAAGUUCAUAGAACUGAAAAGAGUGGAGUUUACAGAUGAAGAGCGUUGUUUCUAUUCCAGACUAGAGAGUGAUUCACGUGAUCAGUUCAAGAAGUAUGCUGCAGCAGGAACUGUAAAGCAAAACUAUGUUAACAUCUUGUUGAUGCUCCUCCGUCUUCGUCAAGCAUGUGAUCACCCUCUUCUAGUUAGAGGCUACGAAUCAGUUGCAUUGGAAAGAUCUACAAUUGAGAUGGCAAAGAAGCUUCCUCACGAGAAACGAAUGAGCCUUCUGCACUGUUUAGAGGCAUCUUUAGCGAUCUGUGGCCUCUGUAACGAUCCACCUGAAGAUGCAGCUGUCACAAUUUGUGGCCACGUUUUCUGCAAUCAGUGCAUCUGUGAACAUCUUAACGGAGAUGACAACCAUUGCCCUAAUUCUCAUUGUAAAGUUCGACUAAAUGUGUCUUUAGUGUUCUCCCAAGCCAUUUUGCACAGGUCUCUUGCUGACCAGAGCAGUGAAGCUGUUUUUGUUCCUCCCUCCAAUGCUGUUGAGGAAGUCAAUUCUCAGGCUCAAAGUGGCGGACCAUAUGAUUCUUCCAAAAUUAGGGCUGCUCUUGCUGUCCUGCAGUCAAUUUCCAAGCCUCAGCAGUCUGCUCCAGAAAUACAGUCUGAACAGGAUUCAGCCAAUGAUGCUAAAGGAAGCAGGACUCCUGAGAAAGCCAUAGUAUUUUCCCAGUGGACGAGGAUGCUAGAUUUGCUAGAAGCUUGUCUUAAGAGUUCCUCUAUUCAGUACCGUCGACUCGAUGGGACAAUGUCAGUAGUUGCUAGAGAAAAAGCCGUCAAGGAUUUCAACACUCUACCAGAGGUUUCUGUUAUUAUCAUGUCUCUCAAAGCAGCUAGUCUUGGAUUAAACAUGGUUGCUGCUUGUCAUGUUAUGCUACUCGACCUGUGGUGGAACCCUACGACAGAAGAUCAGGCUAUCGACAGAGCACAUCGCAUUGGUCAGACACGCCCCGUUAAUGUUUUGAGGUUGACUGUGAAAGACACUGUGGAAGAUCGUAUCUUAGCUCUACAGCAAAAGAAGAGGCAGAUGGUUGCAUCUGCAUUUGGCGAGGAUGCGAAUGGUGGCCGUCAGACACGCCUAACCGAGGAGGAUUUAAGAUACCUAUUCAUGGGUUGAAUGAGUGAGAGAAUGGAAGUUCCAUUUGCUUCUCUCGUUCGAUCUAGAUUUUUUCGCAGUAGAUUCAAGUUCUUGACAUGGAUUUUAUUCGUCGUACUUGGGAUUCUUUUCCUAGGUUUAAGUUGAGAGGAUGACCGAAAGGGUGUAGCAGCAGGUUGUUUCUUCUGAUCGCCGAGUUUUGUUCAGUCACUGUAUAGCCAGGACAUAGCUGUAGAAAGAUAGAUAAUCAAUUAUAGGUAACCUAUAUAGUUGAAGAAGAUUGAUAGGAAGGUCUACAUAUUUCAUAGUUCUGUUUAUGCUUUUCUUUGCCCACUGGACAUUUUCCUCGCAUAGUCGCAUGUAUAUGAAAUGGAAGGGCUCUAUUCCUGACAGCUCUGUUUCUCCUCUUCUGCUUUGUGUGGAUGGAGUGACAGAAGUUUUGAGAAUUCAAGUUUUAAGUUUGUUUAAAAGGUAAUCCGUGAUUGUGUAUCAGCUUAGUCGCGUCUUGUAACACUCGAUGAUAGAUUGUGCGAACUGCGAACCUAGUACAUACCAUUCAAUUCAUGAUGUGCCACCCACGCUCAUGCUACCUCGACUCGUGACUAGAGUCAUGCUAAAUGCGCAAUGAUUGACACAGGGAGCACACAUUCGACGAAGAAACACUAGUAGGUUUU